AAUGAGAAACUAGAAGUCGAUACUUGUUCUCUUCAGGUUCACUCACUUUGAUUCCAAUCACCACACAUUUUCACUAUCUCUCCAAAACUUGAACUUGAACAAACACUAGCUCAUUUCUUCAUCGCUACAAAUUAAGGAAUUUUAGGGUAGGUGAUCUGCAACAAACCAAACACAAUAAGUUAACAAUAUUAUUGUUUAGUAGCCUUACACCAAAGUGUUAUGGUUGAAUGAUGCUAUUUCUUGCAAGCCAAGAAAGCUAGAUGAUGGCUACAACCGCAGUAAUUGGACUAAGGGCAGGUGAGAGACUGUUGGGUUCGUCUUCUUACUAUUCGGAUGUUGGUGAUAAGCUAUCAAACAUUAAUGAUGUCGGGUUCAUAUCCGUUCCAACUAAGAAUGUGAUUACCGCGAAAAAAUCGUCCACUUACGGCCAUGGGUUCAUAUCCAAACGACAUAAUCGAGAUACACAUUACAUCAGAGCUCUAACGGAGCAUGUUGAUACCGCUUCCGGUUCGUUAAGUAUAGAGGAAUGGAUUAAAGGAUAUGAAAACGUGGAACUGGACGGUGAUGAUCAAGAGUUUUCGGUUGAAGCUUUACUGUCGUUACAGAAAUCUUUACUGGAAAAACAGUGGAACCUUUCGACCGAGAGCACGUUGACUAAAGUCAACCCGACAGAGAAAACAAGCAAGAAGAUUUUUGUAAGUGGUUCUGUGAAAUCUGCACGUAGGCGUAGAUUAGACGCUCAGAGGAAAACGCCAAAUGGAAGAUUUUCUUUUAACGAAGGAGUUGUUAUCAGUCCGGAGUUGCUCCAAAAUCAUGCAAGCGAUACAUUGUUAACGCAUGAUGAGGUGGUGGUUUUGUCAAAAAAGAUUAAAACCGGUCAACGGUUAGAAGAGCGGAAAUCAAGUUUGACGGAGAGUUUGGGAUCGGAACCAUCUGAGGUGCAACUUGCAGCAUCGAUGAAGAUUUCACGAGCUGAGUUGAAAAUAAUACAGAUCGAGUGCAAGUUGGCAAGAGAGAAGCUAACCAUUAGCAAUAUCCGUUUAGUCAUGUCGGUUGCGCAAAAAUAUGCUAACAUGGGAGUUGAAAUUGGCGACUUGAUUCAGGGAGGUCUAAUUGGACUAUUGCGUGGGAUAGAGAAAUAUGAUUCAUCAAGGGGGUUCAAGAUUUCUACCUAUGUUUAUUGGUGGAUAAGACAGGGUGUUUCAAAGGCAUUAAUCGAAAACUCAAGAACCCUAAGGCUACCUAUCCAUAUACAUGAACGAUUAAGUGCAAUACGGCACGCAAAGGCUAAGCUCGAGGAAAAAGGAAUAGCCCCGUCAAUCGAAAAAAUUGCAGAAAGCCUGAACAUAUCAACAAAGAAAGUAUUGAAUGCCACAGGGGCGAAAUGCAAAGUGUUCUCACUUGAUAGGCCCGUAUCCCCUUCGUUAAAUGGUCUUCCAGGCGAUACCUUUCAAAGCUACAUGGCAGAUGAUCACUUGGAGAACAACCCUUGGCAUGGAGUAGAUAACUUGGCCCUCAAGGAUGAAAUGAACAAAUUGAUGACCACAACUUUAAGGGAACGGGAGAGAGAAAUCAUACGUUUAUACUAUGGUCUCGAUAACGAGUUCCUCACCUGGGAAGAUAUUAGUCGAAGGAUGGGGUUGUCGAGAGAACGAGUUAGGCAAGUUGGGCUUGUUGCACUUGAGAAACUAAAACACGCUGCCCGGAAGACAAAUCUUGAGGCUAUGCUAGUGGAACAUUGAUAUGUUUGCUAUAUAGGACUAGGCAAAUUGCCUGUAUAUACAAACGAUAGAUACAUAUGUAUACAGAUAUACUUGUAUGUAAAGGCUUGAUACAUUACAGCAUUUAAUGUGCAAAAAAACGUUUAUACCAUGUGAAGAUAGUGAUAUUUUUCCAAUUAAA